UUUACAAAAAGACUACCUACCUACUGUUUUGUCUCGAUUUUCCGAGUUAAAAUUUCUUGUUUCUGUUUUAUUGAUUUACAUAACUACAAUUUAACUGGAUACGUAUUUAUUACUGGAACCAUGUUUGGUUCAGUGCUUAGACAAUUUUCAAGAAUUUCUUUAAAUCAAUUGCCGUUACAAGCUAGUGGUCGAAGUAUAUGUACUACCACUGCAUUACAGUUCAAAAUUACUGAUUACCUAUGUGCUGAACCUAUGAAGAAGAAAAAGAAGAUUGAUCCUGCUAUAGUGAGAGCUCGGGAGGAACGUCGCAGAAAAAAGCUUGAGAAACAAAUCCGACGACUGCAGAAGAAUGCCCGCCAGUUGAAACCUAUUGAUGAGAUGGAGGUGCCACUGCACUUAUUGGAUCAAAUUCAAAAACGCAGUCGAGGUCCUCCCCAAAUUUCCCAGGAGGUGCAAGAAGAACGUGCAUUGUUGCAAAAGGAAUGGACACGUUACAAACGGCAGGAGUAUAUGGCACAUGUUGCUCAGAUUGACAGGAUUAUGGCAGCUCAGAAACGAGCGCUAGAUAGACUUUACGAAGAAUCUGAAGAUUUGUACAAUGAGGCUAUAAUGCCUGACCUGCAGCUGAUACCGUACUCUGUGACUGGUCCAGUCGCCACGCCACCCAUCAAAGGAUAUGAAUCGCCCGAUGGAGAUUACCUGGAUGUGUCCAAGAAGUGGAAUGAUUAAGUAAAUUAUUUAAUACAUGUGUUUAGUGUAAAUAAAUGAUGAUUGUUAGUUUAUUAAA